AUGCUUGCAAAUUUUAUUGGAUUAGGAGCCCUGUCCAAUAAGGUUGGUGGUAACCCUGGGGCUGUUUCACAAAUCAGAAUUUUAACAGGAAACAGAUUUGUUUAGUGUUCUUUUAUCAUGGUUCAUCUCCAAGUCACCAAAUAUUGAGGUUUUUCUUUUUUGAAAAUGUGCAAGUUUUGAGCAUGAUAUCCUUGAUUAUCUAAGGACUGUUCUAGAUGGCCUGUUUAGACCUUUUUAGAGGUAAUUCCAAUUUGCUUGUACAAAGCUUAUAUGGUGACUAAAGUAUGUCUGGGUUUUACUGAGCAUCCGUUCUGAUUAUUUCACAGGGUGGUUGGUUAUAUGAUAACAAGCAUUCAUUCUGAUUUGCUUAUGGUGUAUUUUACAUGUCUUCUUGUUAAUCAUAUAUUUAUUCCACACUUUUCAGUCUAUUCCCCCCUCACUUUCUUUUUCUUUUUAAAAAAUAUUAUUACAAAGAAAAAUACUUUGUGUGUGUGGAGUAUGGCCUUAUAACAUCCCCUACUUUCACAUUCCAAAACAGGAUAAAACUCACCUAAUUAAUAACAGCGUUUAUGCAAUGUAGCAAAGUCUCAAAACCUGAAAAAUUAUUUCCCCCUCACUUUCCAUACAGCCAAACAGCAGGUUUUUUUUUGUUUUGUUUAAAGUGGAUCUGGUGUGCUGGGGUGACAGGGCACUUUCACUCACUUUAAUUGUGCAAAUCUAAAAUUCUGGUGUGUGUGCACUUCCGGGGUGGCACCACCAGCAAUGGCGGACUCCCUCUGAACUGGAGGGACUGGCUCCGCGGUAAACAGGGUCUACUCUGCUACGGCGAAGCAGGGACCCCUUCAAAAUCACAGGCGGAUGAAGCCUGUGACCGUGGGACUCGGCGGGCACCUUUAGCUCCCCCCCAAUCCGCUAAGGAACCCACUAAUGGGCUCCGAAGUGAGGAGGGGGAAGUGGCGCGGUGCUGUGAGUCAAUCGCUAUUUCUGUGGAGCGAAGCCGCAUAGCUGUUGCCGGAGAGCGCUGCCUUUUUUCCUGGGACAAUUUGGACUCUAAAACAAGCACCCGUGAGUACUUAGAAUUUGAACAAUUGGAUAUCAAACAAAGAUUUGUGAGAAGGACAGAAUCGGACUAUAAAAAAAAAAAUCUAUUGAAUUUGGUACGGAGCGGGAAGGGCUAAACAGGAAGUCACCCUUCCAUUCUUUUGUAAACAGAAUAAAGCAAAGGCAAUUUACACUAGAGCUCAGAAAAUCGUCUUUAAAAGAGUGGAUUUCAACAUUUUAAAUUGGGAAUCUUUUUUUGGACUAUUUGAAGUAACUGUAAAAGGAAGUAAUUUUCCUCCGUCCUGAUCCUGGAGCAGGGUGUCAGGACUGACGUGAGUUUACCAAGACAAUCGCUUUUUGACAGACAGCUAAAAGAAGAGAAACUUUGUGAUUCCACUGUUCCCUCUCGCAUUCUAAAGGAAUAUAUAUGGACAAAGUAUCUCAAGUACUUUGGAAAAAAAAAGGAAACUUUGUAACAAGAAUAAACAUAAGUCUUCCCCCUAGGGGGAGCUUGUGAAACUGUAACUAACUCCAGGGAAUUGACAGCUGUUACAAAAUAAUUGUGGGAAAGUAUUUGACUUUGCAGGACAAUGUACUCAGAAGCCUUGGUGUGUGCUUUUUACAAAACAAAUGCUUUACUGGAAGAAUUACACGAUAAGGUGAACUGGAUGGUCAUUUCGACUAGAAAUCUUAAACAGGCAGUGGAAUGUUUUGACCAGACUGUGGGAAAACAUGUGGAGCCCACUCAGGAUUCAAACCAGGAGUGUGUUUUGAUAGAACAGGAGUUUGUGGUAUUAAAUCAGGAGUGUGUUUUGACAGAACAGACCCAACAGGAGUAUGAUCCUUCGGACUGGACAAAUGAAUUUGGAAAAAGCCAGAUCUCGAAAGGAAAAGUUUGGUGUGGUUUGGAAAUGGGGGGCUGGAUUGACCCCCCUAUGUUGGGAUGUCUGGACUUUUUAAAUAUGGUAAUGGGCUGGGAAAUGCUUGGGAUUGUGGGGGCUCUCAACUUUGGAGGGCCCUUGAAACAUGCUUUUAAAUACUAUAUGGAAUGCAGCGAUGAAUACGGAAAAGGGUCUGAUCUGUCGAGAAGGGUUAAAAACAUUAUCAAGUUGGAGCUACCACGAGCAAGAGACAUUGUCAAGCUGGAGUUACGACGAGUAGGAGAUAAGGGAAAUUACAGUUAUAAAUAUGAAGAAGAGCUGCGGAAGGGCCAUGGAAGUGACCUGAGGGCCUCGGACAUAAGGUUACUGGGCUAGACUGAUGGGAAUAAGGGCUGACAAACCCCGGAACCAGGAGGAAGGGACGUUGGAUAAAGAUUGGACUUGUUUAUAUCUUUUUUUUCUCUUUCUUUAUUAUUAGAAUGUUUCAUAAAGUUGAUGAAUGAUAGAAAAAUGUUGGAAGAAAUUACCUAGCUUUAGUAAAGAUGCUUAAAGAAUUAUGAAAGAAUAUUAUGAUUAUAAGAAGCUGGUAAGGUUAAGACUUAAGUUUUAAACUUUAAGGUUUAUUUUAUUAUAGAAAGAUAGGAUUAAAAUAGUCUAGGGUAAUGUAAUGAUAGAAUUUUAUGAAACAUGGAAAGGAAAGGAUUUGCUGGGAUAAUUAAUAACUAGGAUACAAAGGAAGGGAGGAGGAGGAGGUCUAAGAAAGAAGGCAAUGACAGUUAAGGGUCUGAAAAUAAUGAACUUGUUUUUAAAUGUUUUUUUUUUAAAAAAAAAAACCUUGGGAUUUUUGUAAUUUUGUCACUUUUUUGUUUUUUAUUUGGAAUUUUCUUUUUUUCUUCUUUUUUUUCCUUUUCAUUACUUUCUUCUUUUUGUAAUAUUUUGAAAACUCCAAUAAAUAUCUUUAAAAAAAUAAAAUAAAAUUCUGAUGUGCGCAUGAAUCCCUCCUGGAAAGAACUGGCAGUCUGGAGGAGGCAUGCUAAGGAUCGUACAGGGUAAUUGUUCCAUAAGCAAAUAACCUGACAGAUUUGCCUGGAUAGAGAGUGGAAUGUAGGAGGAGACUUCCUGAAAUUUGUUAAGUAAGAGAGGUGUGUAGCUCUGAGUCACUUGUUAUACACUUGUUCAUCUUCCUUAACUGGUUCAAAGUCUCUAUGAAUGCUUCAAGGAUCCUUCUCAGUUUUGGACUCUGAGGUCAAAGCACCACCUGCAGUGUACACAUCCGAGAUUUAUAUGGGUUCACCAGCCAAUAUUCUUCUGGUAAGGAAUGUCUUCAACAUUAGCUUUAUUGCCUUGAGUGAGACAAACGAAAUAAUUAUUGUGACUGUGAUGAAAGAGGGACUGCAAACUCAGUAAGCAAAGUAUACCUAACUGUAUACUUUUAUCAAUUUUGCAUCUCACAGACUGGUAACCAACAGAUUUCAUGCUUGAAGGGUAUUCUUUUUCAAAUAUGUCAGAACCUACAUACUGCAAACAAGGAUGGUGUCUGGCAGGCAGGCAGGCAUCUCAGUGCAGAAUCACUGUAGAAUUGCUGUGCUUACCUUACAAAUCUUUCUAUGUUGGUUCUACCACAGGUAUGUAAUAUAGCGUAACUAAAAAUAAUGUGUUUGUAACUUAGAUCCAUUGAGAUUCUGUUUUGCCUCCUAGGACCCAAACACUAAAACAAAUACAUAUGGAAAUGGAGAAGCAAAGAGGAAGUUUUUUGGAACUGAAAAUCCAUAUGGGGCUGAAAGUCAGGUAUCAGACAAUGUAUGUGUUUUUAUUGCAUGCCCUAACUUUGUCAUUAUACCUGAUUGAAUCUUUUCAUAUAAUCAUUCUAGGGCUCUUAAUAUGUGAGUAUAACAUACAGUUUUGAGGGGUCAGUACCUCAGCUAACAAUAUAUUACCUAAUAUCCCUCAGGAAUAUUAUAGUGCAAGUAAUUUGGCGUGUUGCCCAUUGUUUUGAGGAAUCUAGUUUCUACCUACAUAUCAUAAGUAUAUUGUUGUAAGAAGUAUGAUCUCCUCCCUUUCUAGCAGGACUACCUAUGGAAUAAAUGCUGUGUGUGUUACACAAACUCAUAGUGGAACGUGCCUGUGAUACCACUGAUGGCAAAGCUACACAGCGCUCCCAUGACCUCUACCCUCUGUGACUGUAAAGCUAGCGGCUCAUAUUGCCGAAAGGGAACUUAAUAGAGGAUCUGUAGUCAAGGCAAAGUGCAGAGAAGCUGUAAGCCAUUUUCAUCCUCAACAUUUCCAAUUUCUCCUUGAGACUUAUUGCUAAGUGCUUUUCAAACAUUUUAAAAAGGUUUGUUUUUAAAAAAUAAAAGCUGGUGUCUGUUAGUGCUCAUGAUAAUGAACUAGAUGGCCCAAUUAUUUAAUUUGGUAUAAAGCACCUUUAUACGUCUGUGUGCUUGGGAACCUUGCAAAAAGUUAGGUCCUCUCUCAUGCAGAGAGAGCUAUCAGCAUACAAGUUGUUCAUGUGUGGGCUUGGUGGUGCCUGCAGGCCCACUCAGUGUAUGGAAGUUGGGGAGAUAGGGGCAGUGGGUGCCAGUGGUGUGCAGUCAGUUGACUAGGGGGACUAGGCUAAUUGCCUAAAUGGUCCAAGAGCCCUCCCGCCACCUUCCCAAAGCCCACCUGGCUUUAGGAAGGAGGCAGCAGGGCCCUGGCAUCUCCUUUCCAGUGUCCAGGAAGCUUCUGCCCGGCUUAGGGAGCUGCGAUGCUCACACGCACAACGUCGGGGACAUCGUGACGUCACCCCCCCAUUGCCCUCACAAGCUGGCACCUCUGCCCCUGUUUCCCGAUGAAACAUUUCACUGCACACCACACACUGGUGGGUUCAAUCUCACAGUUUUGAAUGGCCUACAAGGUGCUCUAGAAUUCUUACUGAUUUGAAACUUUGUUAGGGCUUCACCAGACUUUGCUUUGAAAUUAGUUUCAGGUCAUAUGUAAAACUCUCUUGGCAGGCCUAAUGCUCUGAUCUUUUCUUUGCCAAAAUCACUGAAUGGGGGAAACAGCUGUACAGCAAUUCCUCUUUCAAAUUAUGUUGCUGUAAUGCAGCUGACCUGUUUUUCUCCUGGGGUGUGGCCACUGUCGCUUGGAGACAGAUUCUAGGAGCCACAGGUGACAGCUGAGUGCAGGGUGAGGACAAAAGGUGGACAAACUAUCCCAGAAGGAGCAUGAUGUGUCCCGCACCAAAGGUUCUACCCUGCUAACAUAGUGCUUUGACUUGACCCCCAGAGGUGCACUCCAUUGUCUCUCAAGACAUCGCUUUCAACUCACUACAUUUCAAAGCUUAAAGAGGCAUCUUUUGCUUUUUGCCACUACUGUUCCUUCUAGGCAUUUCACUGGUGCCUUUGCAUUGAUUUUGCAGCAGCUUCUCUUCCUGCCUCUCUGACAACAUGAAUCACCUUCCUCCAUCACCUUUCUUUCUGCCUGCCCCAGGGGAAUCUCCUCUUCCCUGCAAACAGUGGAAGCUGUUUGUUUGUGAUUAUUCUCUUACCACCCAGACAAAUAACAUAAGCCCUGCCAAACAAAAGGCCUUAAUGCUUCUUUGUUUGGGUGCAAAAGACCAGAGAGAGGUCUUAUUCCCAUCUACCCUUCACUACUGCUGUGACUCAGGAUGCAAAUCCUUAUGAAAUAGCUCUUCAGACCUUGAACGAUCUUCCUCCUUCCUGCUUCCUCAAUGUGGUGUCUGAAUAUUAUAAAUUUUAUUCAAGUGUUCAAGUACCAGGGGAGCUGAUUAGAUGUAACACCACUACAUGCUACUUGAGUGCUACUUGUGAUGCGCAGCUGAGGGCAUGCUGCUUAAAGAGGGCCACAUUGUCCUUCAUCCAAAUUUCAGGAGAAACAGCUAAUGGAAAGGAAGCUUACUUUCAACACAGUUGUUAAUAGCUCGAAAGACUGAGAAUGUCAUUCAGUGGUCCAAAUGGCAUCACCAACGUCUCAGGCUUCUCAAGUCAUGGAUGUGCAGGUAGUUCAAGGCAGUAUCUUCAAGUAAAAAACCCCCCACUUCAGUACUGUCAAGCAAGGCAAAUUUACAGGGCCUGGUGGCAGUAAGGAGAAUAUAGUUAAGAGGGAGGGGAUCAUAAUCACAUUUCAUAAGACCCUGUAUAGAAGAAGGAUGAGCAAACCCUGUUGGGGGAGGAGAGAAGUGGCAAGCUCUCUAAAAGGGGUGGGUAACGUGUGGCCCCCCAGAUUGUUGUUGGAUUACAGCUCCCAUUGACCUUGUUCAUUGGGGCUAAUGGAGAGUCAGCCUGCCAGUUCUCCAACUCUUCUCUGUAACUUUUGUCCAAUGGCAUUUUAUUUAUGUGGGUGUAUUUUAUCUCUUAGGGACGCGGGUGACACUGUGGUGUAAACCACAGAGCCUAGGGCUUGCCGAUUGGAAGGUUGCGGUUCGAAUCCCCGCGACGGGGUGAGCUCCCGUUGCUCGGUCCCUGCUCCUGCCAACCUAGCAGUUCAAAAGCAUGUAAAAGUGCAAGUAGAUAAAUAGGUACCGCUGCAGCAGGAAGGUAAACGGCGUUUCCAUGCGCUGCUCUGGUUUCACCAGAAGCGGCUUAGUCAUGCUGGCCACAUGACCCGGAAAAACUGUCUGUGGACAAACGUCGGCUCCCUCAGCCAGUAAAGCGAGAUGAGCGCCGCAACCUCAGAGUCGUCUGCGACUGGACUUAGCUGUCAGGGGUCCUUUACCUUUACCUAUUUUAUCUUUUACUACUGUGCUUUUGUGAUAUCUGUUACUUUUUCUUCUUCUUCAUGGUGAACUGCCUUGAGCGUUGCCCAGGGAAAGGAAGUAAAUUCACUUUAAGUUUUCCUUAUAUAUUUCUCCGUUCUCCACUUUGCCUUUCAGGUACAGGUACCUCCCUUCUGUUUGCUCUCUGUACGUGUUAUAAGAAUUAGAAAUCUCCAGCGAGCAGAUGUGUGUGAGUAUCUGGCAGAUCCUGAGUAGGUAUAAAUCUGGCUCAGAAAAUGCUGGCAUAUAAAUAUGGAUUGAUUUAAUAUUAAGAUCCUUUUUAAAUAUUGAUUUUAAAUUUUUAUAUAUUUAAUGAUAUUUAAAUAAAUAUAUUUAGUGAAAAACAUUUAAUGAAAAUUUCAUUCAUUUUAUGUUGUUACUGUUUAAUGGACGCCACGGUAGUCAUUAGCACUGUAAGCUCUGUUGACAUGUUUGUGUUGCUUGGCCAGAUUCAGUUAGACAGAUGUGCUAGCAGGAGACAGUGCAAUAAGUCACCUUAAGAUGGGGCUUUCCCCCAUCUCCUUCCACCAUGCACCCCCCAGACCCCCCAAAAUUGGCUCUGAAAGGUCAGAAGAACCCCCAAACAGUGUGCAGGGGGAGAAGAGAGGAGAUUGCUCUGUGUGGGAAGCAGAAAUACCUGUGCUGCCAUAACAUAGCACAACAACGUGGAAUUCCUCCCAAAAUUCCUUGCCUGCCUAUGCUGUCUGUUGAGAAGGAAAAGGCAGAUGCUACUCUUUGCAUUAUGAAAUAUAGCAUUUAGAACACCGAUUGCAAUAGCCACUAACAAGCUUUCCCAUGUUAUCUGUAGUCAUAGUAUCAUUUCAAAAAACAUGAUCCUGUAAUUAUUUAUUUGCCAGAAGAGCAGCCUGGUAUUCAACAGGAUUUAGAUAGGAAAAUGAUUAAUAGGACUGACUUGUUUAAUAUCUUGAUCCUAAUACCGUGAACAUGAGAUAUUCCAAAUUACAAGGUGUAUGUUAGAAGGACAACAAUCUAGGGCUUAACUCCCACCAUUCCUGACCACUGGGCAUGCUGGCUGGGGCUGAUGGGAGUUGGGGUUCAACCAAUCCACUCACCUUCUAUGGUGGGCGGUGUUGCGGCCAGACCACAGUGAUCCAACCAAUGGCUGGUUGGAUUGCCCUGCUGGCAAUUGGCCAAUGCCAUCAGUCUUAGGACAGUUGUUCCCUGGGGAGCGGGCCCACCUGAGCAAUGAGCAGCACUUGGGCCCGCUCUCGGGGGGGUGGGAUAAAUUGUGGCCUGCCUGGCGCUCUUCCUCUGCCUUUUAACAUCCGGGGUGGAGGACACAGGUACACCAACCAUGUUUUAAUUGAUAGAGGACACUAUAUUUCUAGAUAUAGCACUUUGUAAAAUAAGAGAGUCUCUGUCUUUUUGAGACUAAAUGACUUAACCCCCCCCAAAACAAACACAUAGUAAGACAAAUUGAUUGUUAUGUAAGUACUCAAUUCACAGUCAAGAGCUUCUUUAUUGCUUGACACAAGCAUUUCUGUUACUAUUAUAUACAACCUAUUUACAUUCCUUGUUUAUCUCUCCAACACGGUAUAAUCUCAGUCUAGUAAUUAACAAUGCUGACACAGCAAAACUCACAGUAUCAGCAGCACACAUUGUCUUACUUCUAAACUUGUUGUCAGUGUGUGUGUGCUUUCCUUGUGCGGAAAUUGCAGCCUGCAACUUCCUCCCUUUAUUUGCACCUCCAGCUGACACCAAUCAAGCCUAGAGUGCCACUCCUACACACUAAAGAAAAGUUCUGGAACUCUCUUUAAAGCUUCCAGGAACUUUUAUCUGUUUCGUAAAGAAUGUUUUCCUAACAUUAUUUGCUCGUGGCCAGAUAAAAAACAUCUCAAAUAGCAGUAAUCCAGCCUGAAAUGAAACCUUCUCUUUUAGAAUACAGAGUAUGGUGAAGGUGAGGUGAGAAUACAUUGUAAUUGGUUUUAACUGGUUGUUGUUGUUUUUAAAACAUGCAGUAAGUCCAAGUGAUUGUUACAUAAGUUUGAGGUUACCGACAGCUUCCUAUGGUAAUACCCGGACGAAAGCCAUCUCAAAUAGUAGCGAUCCAGUCUGGAAUGAAACCUUCUAUUUUAGAAUCCAGAAUGUGGUGAAGGUGAGGUUUUCACUGGUUGUUUUUAUUGAUUUUAGUAAAAAGAAAAAAAAAUACCUACCAUGUUGAUAAGUACAACAGCAGGGAUCAUUUAGUUUGUAACUAGAGGGUUAAUUCUGUUAUCAGUAAGUCAGCUAAGCCAGAAGGGCUGGAGGAGGAGGUGUUGCUUAGCUACCAGAGAGAUCUUCCCUGAGGCAACAUGGCCCCUGGGUGUGUAGUUCUGAGUGAGUUUUCCUCUAUAUGUUUUGCUGACCAGCUCCCUGCACUGCACAAGGCCUUAACUAAGAAUGACAAAAUAACAGAAUCAUAGAUUUGUAGUGGCAUCACAGUUUCAUGAGGGGCCUCCAGUCAACAAUAAAUUCUUGGAGAAAGCCGGGUUUUCAAUGUGGAAAGGUAAUUCCCUUGCACUCAUUUAUCCAGAUCUCUCUCUCCCCCCCUUUUCUUUUGUAUUGGAUAUGUCUUAUAAUCCUGUCACAUAUUUCUCAGCUGAGGAGAAACAGCUAAUCCUCUGCCCCCUCGGUCAACAGUUGCCAGCUCCCAAGUUAGCCUUCACUUCUUUUUCCAUCCACAUUUCAGUUAAUCAGCCUCUUUGCCCAGUAGUGGUGGCAGGGCAGAAAUAGCCUCAAGAUGGUGCUGGGCCUUGGUGCACAAAAGUUCCCUGAUCAAGAGCUGCAUCCUCUUCACAGAAUCAUAGAAUUGUAGAGUUGGGAGGGAUCCUGAGGGCAUCCAACUCCCGCAAUGCAGGAAUUUCAACUAAAGCAUCUAUGACAGAUGGCCAUAUAACAUCUGCUUAAAAAUCCCAAAUGAAGGAGAGUCCACAACCUCCCAAGGGAGUCCAUUCCACUGUUAAACAGUUCAUACUGUCAGAAAGUUCUUUCUGUUUAGUCGGAGUCUCCUUUCUUGUAACUUGAAGCUAAUGGUUUGGGUUCUAGCCUCUGAAGCAGGAGAAAUCUUGCUGCAUUUUCAUGACAGCUCUUUAGAUAUUUGAAAAUGGCUAUCAUAUCUCCUCUCAGUUUCCUCUUUUCCAGGCUAAACAUAUCGAACUCCCUCAACAGUUCCUCAUAAGCCUUGGUUUCCAGACCCUUGAUCAUCUUGGUUGCCCUCCUCUACAUAUGUUCCAGCCUGUCAAUAUUCUUCUUAAAUUGUGGUGUCCAGAAUUGGACACAGUAUUCCAGAUGUGGUCUGACCAAUGCAGAAUACAGUGGUUCUAUUAAUUCCCUUGAUCUGGACACUAUACUUCUGUUGUUGCAGCCUAGAAUAGAAUUUGCUUUUUUUUUUUUUUACUGCUGCAUCACAAUGUUGACUCAUGUUAAGCUUGUGCUCUGCUAAGACCCCUACAUCCUUUUCACAUGUAUUACUUGCAAGCCAGGUGUCCCCCCCAACUUAUAUUUGUGCUCUGGUUCUUCCUGCCUAAGUGCAGAACCUUACAUUUGUCCCUGUUGAAAUUCAUUUUGUUAGUUUGGUCCAGUCUGUUAAGGUCCUCUUGAAUUCCAAUUCUGUCUUCCAUGAUGUUAGCUACCCCUCCCAGUUUGGUGUCAUCUGCAAAUAUGAUGAGCAUCCUCCCAAUUCCUUUGUCCAGGUCAUUUAUAAAAAUGUUGAAGAACAAUGGGCCCAGGACAAAACCCUGCGGCAUCCCACUUGUCGCUUUUUCCCAACAUAAUAAGGAACCAUUAGUGAGUACUUUUUGGGUUCAGUCAGUAAACCAGCUACAAAUCCAGCUACUUCUCUGUUCCUUUCUCCUCAAAUUAUUACCCUUCCUCCCUGUUUCCUCAAUAAAGUGUUGUCAGGUUUCUUUUCUGUCUGGAUUCCCACAGUGACUUAUGAAAGAGUAUCACAAUAAAAUCAUGUUUGUAUGUAUUAGAUGAAUAGUGACUGUCCUUACCUAAGUUAUCUUGAUAACCGCAGUGAUGUGUCAUGUGGGAACAGCUCCCACAUAUGCUUUGCAUAUGAAGGAGGCCUGAGUGUGGUUCGAAGUAUAUGCUGAAAAAGUCACCACAGAUCUAAGCAAGUUUCAUAAUUUUCAUUAGUCUCUCUUAGAUCAGAUUUCUAAAUAAUCUCCUGGGACAGCUCUAAACUCUAAUUAUAGGGAGCAUACAACUCAUUUUUCGCAAUAGCUCCACUGGGUACCAGUUCAUUCCAGGCACAAUUUGAAGUGAUGGUUAUGACCUAUAAAGCUGUCUACGGCUUAAGGUCCUAGCUAUCUGAAACACCAUAUUCCGUCAUAUGAACCUGUGUGGGUUAUGUGAUCUUCGGGGCAGGCCCUUCUCUUGGUCCUGUAACUCUCACAGACAUGCUCCCUGUGAAAUGCCCACUUUUUAGAUGUCAAGGAAAUAAAGAACUAUAUAACUUUUAGAAGACACCUGAAGGCAGCCCAGUUUAGAGAAGUUUUUAAUGUUUGAUAUUUUAUUAUGUUUUAUAUAUGCUGUAAGCCACCAAGAGUGGCUGGGUAAACCUAGCCGGAUGGACAGGGUAUAAAUAAUAAAAUUAUUAUUUAUUAUUAUUAUGUGACAGAGGGCCUUCUUGGUGGCUGCUCCCAGAUUUUGGAACUCCCUCCUUAGAAAUAAUAAUAAUAAUAAUAAUAAUAAUAAUAAUAAUAAUAAUAAUAAUUUAUUUUUCAUACCCUGCCCAUCUGGCUGAGUUUCCCCGGCCACUCUGGGAGGAUCCCAAUUGAGUGUUAAAAACAAUACAGCAUUAAAUAUUAAAAACUUCCCUAAAAGGGGCUGCCUUCAGAUGUCUUUUAAAGAUAAGAUAGCUGCUUAUUUCUUUCACAUCUGAAGGCAGGGCGUUCCACAGGGUGGGCGCCACUACCGAGAAGGCCCUCUGUCUGGUUACAUGUAACCUCACUUCUCGCCAUGAGGGAACCACUAGAAUUCCCUCAGAGCUGGACCUCAGUGUCUGGGCUGAACGAUGGGGGUGGAGACGCUCCUUCAGGUAUACAGGACUGAGGCCAGUAUUAGACUGGGUCCCUCCUUGUUGUCUUCCUGCAGGCUUUUGGGAACUGACUGCUUUUAAUGAAAGGGGUUGUGCUGUGAUGUUUUUAUUGUAAUUAUCUGCAUAUUUUUGAAUAGAUCUUUUCUGUGCUUUUUUUUCUGGGGGAUGCAGGGGUAUGCAUACCCCUAAACAUUUUGUGAACUUACGUUUGGCCUCAUUGAGGGGCAGUAUUUCAAUAUGAGUAGGAAAAUGAGAGUACCCCUGUUAGAUUUCCAAGGGGUUGCUCGUGCGCAAGCAGGCAAAUCUCUCCCUGGCUGGCUGCUAAUGUAAACUUUAUCUGUCCGGAGAGCCACUCACCCGUGGCUAACUCAAUCGCUGGCAGAAUCCGUGAGUGGGCGUUUCUUAAACUUCUUCCAGCAAAGAAGCUCCUUGAUGCCUAGUCUCCGCCUUCCCUCUCUGCGUGAAAGCCUUCUGCUCAGAGAGGGCGUGGGCAGCGGAGGACCCCUUCCUUCCCCGCUUGUCCCAGGCAAGGAGUCAUGGAACCGCCUCGCCACUUCCGACUCCCGCACCCCCUCUCCACUGGAGCUGCGUUUAUUCUCUUCCCCAGAAGAGGAGCUGCUUCUCCCGAUCCCUGGAGGCUCUCUAUAAUCCCUCUGGCUUUUGCUCUCUCCCUCUGGCACUGAUGGCAGUUCCCUGACAACCCCUAAACAUUUUUUUAAAGAAAAAAAGGCACUGGAUCUUUUAAACUUAUAUAUAGUUUCAAUUAUAUAAUUUUUAAAUUGUUCUUAAAUUAUUGUUUCCCUCCCCUAUGUUUUUAGCUGUUCCUAUUUCAUCUGUAAGCUGUCUUGAAUUCCUGUCAUGGAAAAAGACGGGGUAUAAAUAAAUAUAUAGCAAUAAUAAUUACAACAGUGAUGUGUAAUUUCUGACGUUUCCAGCAUCACUUUCAUGGGGAGCAGAGUUCUAAUUAGUUUAAUCAAUGUAAAGAUGAAGCAAAAGAUAUUCAAUCUAAGGCUUUGUUUUGAAGAUCUAGGUGCUGCUAUCUUGGGAUGGAUUUGGGAAGAUUCCUCCUACAUGGGGACACAGUGAGCUUUUAAAAGUAGUUAAGUGAUGGUUGAGUAUCUUUAGUGUGUUUUAGCAGGGUUGUGAGUCAUGUUACCAUUAAAUGUUCCUCCUGUGCCUAAAGCAACCAAUUAUUUUACUCCCUCUCUUCUUCCUGAACCAACCGAUUGUCAUGCACUGCCAUCAUGACCCAUUUUUCAUUCCUUAUCGUCAUGGAAGACGAGCAGGAUAAAUUUUUAUGAUGUGUCAAGAAGAGGUGAUUGCUCUGGUGCUCAGAAGUCAAUACUACAACACCCACCAUUCCAAAGACUCCUUUGAAUACCCCAAGCAUACACUAAUGCUGCCUGUCUUCAAAAUGGUUUUGCCCACCACACACUGACUAAUUUUCCCUAUUCCCUAGAAUGUACUAGAACUGAAAGUAUGUGAUGAAGAUACUCCCUUCAGGGAUGACCAGCUUUGCACAGUUCUUUUUGAUAUAGCUCAGCUCCAGCCUGGUGACACAGUCUGCAGGCAUUUUGAACUGAACCAACAGGUGAGAGACAAAAUUAUAUGUACAGUUUGGGAGGAUGGGAUGCAGACUAAUAAGGGCUUCUUUGAAAUAUCCUGUAAUUUAUAGUUAAUUAGUUUAGUGUAUACUAUUGUUUCUCAUUCUUUCAGUGUCCCUAUUUAAAACCUGCCAUGCAGAGUAAUUUUCCAGACUUUUUAUCUUUUCAUUAUAUAUAUUGUACAUGUCUAUAGUUUAUACAUGUCUGUCGUUUCUGUUCUCCUCUGUAAUUCAUUCUGUGAUAUUUGUCAGAGUGGUUUUCAAAAUGGCUUAUUGUAGGCAUCAUUUUCUUAAAGGCUUUUUUUAAUAGUUUGGUGCCUUGUUUUAGAGAUUGGUUGGAAAACCCAACUUUGGAUUCACAGCAAUGCAUAUAGGCAAAUAUAUCAGUUACUUAUAGAAAUUUUCAAUCAGAAACCAACUAGGCAUGCCAGCAUACCUGUCAACUUACAGAUUUGAAAAUAAGGGACCAGCAGCCUCGAAAAUAAGGGAUCAGCAGCCAAAAUAAGGGAUUUUGGCUUAGCUUAUACAUAAAUCCGCCACUGAUGGAGCCAUGCUGCUUUGGCUGCGACUGACUGUGUUUUGCAGGGGGUUGGACUAGAUGAUCCUAAGGGUCUACAACUCCCACCAAAGAAGGGUGGCAGACAAAACUGAUGAACGACAUCGAGAUGGCAAAGCUUACAGGCAGAAUUAAAAACCAGGAAGAGGACCUCUUUAAUAAAGAAUGGGGAAAGUUUAUAAUUUAGUUGAAAACCUAUUGUAAAGAGUUACAUACAUUGGUAGGAUUGACAAAAAACUUGUAGUAAAAAUUUGAACUAUGGAUGGACAAAUGAUUUAUAAAAAUAGAGUUAUGAAAGGGAUGCAGGGGGGGAAAUCACUACAUUAAGAUGCUGCACUGGUUGGAGGGUAUGCUAAGCAGCACGUCGGGGCUGCCGUCGUCCUGGCGCGAGGAGUUCCAUUGGCCCUUCCCCGCCUGGGGGGGGGGAAGGGAGAGAGACUCUCACCCACGCCGCCUGCUAGCCCGGCAUGAGCCGGUUGCGGCGCCACAGUGGCCGCUGAAGCGCCACCCUUCUGCGUCCCUCCCCAUCCCCUCCUCUUCCUCCUCCCUCAGGCCGCCUCCUCAGCCGCUGCUGCUGCCUCCGGCUUCCCCUGGCAGUGUGGCGGAAGUCUCGCAAGAGAGGGGCUGCCUGCCCGCCCGCAGCCACCCGUCUCCUCACGACGCGCCCCUGAGGGGGAAAAGGGAGAGACGGAGACACGACAGCUCGUGUGCGCGCUCUCUCUCGUGGCGGAGGACCCUGAGCCGCUGCUUGCCUCCUGAGCGAUGCGUGCCAGUUUGACAAAUUUGCAUAUGUAUAAGGUCACACCUUCAUGUAGCUUCUUGGAAUUCUUCAAUAAAAAAUUAUAUAUGGAAAUUAUUUAAACGUAUGUAAAAUGUAACUGAAUUUCUUAUGUCUUUAUCAUAUGCCUCAGUUUUUGGACUAUUGAGUUUAUUGGGGUUUAGGAUUCUUGUGUUUUCCCAUAUGAAUUAUGUAAGGGAGCCAGCUAGAACAUCCCUAGAGUGGCACAUUUACUCACCUUACCUGUUGUGUACAAAAUAUGUCCUGGUGCAUUAUAGAGGAACACAUGAUUCUGCUUUGCUGCAUGUAAUGGAACAUCACCAUCAUCAUUUUAUUUGUAUGCCGCCUUUCCAUAGUUAAAACAAUGCUCAAGGCGGCUUACAACAUGACAAGAUUUACAUAAUUACCAACGUAACAAAAGUCAUAAGCAAUAAAUAAAACACAUCAAAAAGCACACAACCAAAACAAUUUCCACAUAAAGCAUAAAAUCUAAAACUAAGAAUGCAGCAUUAAUAUCAAUUACAAUUUAAAACGACAGAUAAAAAAUAAAAGCAAUUUAAAAAACAAAAACAGAGCCCAGAUGGAAGGAGGCAGGCAAGGCCCCCAGGGGCAGGAACAUACCUAAGCACAUUGAAAUAGAUAUUUGUUGCCAAUGUAACAGGAUACACAUACAAUUUUCAAAGGGGAAGGAAUAUCUUAUAGGAAAGAGUUGCUUGCGAAGGAGCUCCCAGUGAAGUAGAACAGCAUCAGUUCAGAAGUAUAUUUUUCAAUGUUAUUAUUUUGAACAUUUCCUUUCCUUUCUUUAUGUUCCCUUUUCCAAUGUCAGAAGGAUGAGGUGCUGGAAGUGGAGUUCACUUUGGAACAGAUGUGAGUAACACCUGAGAUGACAAAGGGUAUCAGUUUAAUUUAUUAAGUGUGGACCCAAUGAAAUUAAUACAUGCAUCGUAAUGGACGCUUUACCCUAGUAGGGGAAAAGGGUGGGUAUUUGGCUCAGUUUGCAUUUAAAGGCAAGUCUACCAAAUUCACACUUUCUGAAACAAUACAUGAGCUGAAGCACAGCUGUACUUCAAAAUUUUCCAAAUCUUACAAUGCAGUUCUAUAGCCAAAUAAUGCAUCCAAACUUUUCUUUCUUUUAAUCAGGCCAGAUUUGCCUGAAAGCCUUGCUACAAAUGGAGUACUGGUGGUACGUUCUUUUGUAUUCAUACCUAUUAUACCUCUUAUUUCUGAAGUUUUAUAUGGAAAGGUGGGUGUUUGAAAUAAAUAAGCAAAUACUUCCUUGCCCAGGACGGCCGAUCCUACCACUAGGCAGAGUGAAGUGGGCACCAAUUCGUGAGAGGCCAACACAUUUGCUGACCUGUCUGAUGGCCUCCCUUUUGCUCUCAGACAGCUGCUUGAGUUCCAUGCACAGACAAUUCAUCCAAAAGACAAUUUUCCUCUGUUCCUGAUCACCUGAUGGGAAGCGAAGGGAGGGAAAGGGUGUUUUUUGGAAAUAUUAGCUGCCUGGGGGAGAUGUCUCUUGAAGCCUGUACUCUCACCAAUUAACUGAUGUAAUGAGUGGGUGUGGUUUAAGGAAAAUUGCCUUGUGGGCCAAAUUGGACCCCUUUGGGGGCCAAGAUUGACCUGUGGGCCAGAGGUUCCCCAACCCUGUUCUGUAGCAUCCUGGCUCUGACUCUAUGGGCCUCAGUGCUGUGGGAGCUGCUUUAGGGGGGCUCCCGUUUGCCAGUUCAGUAGUUGUCUGAUCACUAGCACCAGACUCAGAGUCAGGAACCUAGUUUGGUGGUGACUCUGUAUUAAUAAUAAUGAUAAUUUUAUUAUUUGUACCUGGCCCAUUUGACUGGGUUGCCCCAGACUUGGUGUCUUCGUUACUGCUGGACUCUGGGGUCAUGACAGUGAGGAGCCUCCGAGGAUAGAACAAUCUCUCCACUUCAAACUGUAGUUUUCCAGGACUUGGAAAGGAACUAUAUUACCCUAAUUAUAACACCUGUAAAGAGCUAAGAGCAUUCAACAGUUUGUAAUAAAGGACACUGCCAGGGCAUCUGGUGUGAGUAGGUGUAUGCUGACAAAUGUUACCCUAUUUUCUAUAUGAAACGUUGGAGGUCUGCAGUUGUUGUCUUUUACCUUGCAGUCUCGGGAACUUGGCUGUCUAAAAGUAGAGGUGUAUGGAAGAGAAAAGAAGAAAAAAGCUAGAAGUAAGAUUAUUAUUUUACCUCGCUAGCUAUCAAGCACACAGUCCUCAGAGGACUUCAGUGCAGCCAGGAUUGAAAUUAGUAUCAGGUUCAUUGAAUAAGGACUCAGUAUACUUGGAUCCAGCUUUAAACUCCCAUCUCCAUAUCAUGGGCUGAUAAUGUGCAUGUUGAACACGUUUCAUCAAACUAACUCUCCUCCUUUCCUUACUUAGCACAGAACAGGUGGUGGUACCCUUGAUUCCUGGCAUUUGCUGCAGAAAGUCUGGAAGCAUAAGAUGACAUGUAAAUGUUGCUCAUUUUCCCAUUAGCUCUGCAGACAGAUCCUACUCUUGCUCCAACUAAAAAUAUGCUUUCUGUGUGCAUGAUUGCUUUCCACCCUCUCUCCUGAAACUACCAAAAUCCACCUUUUUUUUUGCUGCAAAAUUUUGCUGCUUCCGCAUGUAGGGAAUUGUAUUCCCCCAUCACAGCCUGCCAAACUGCACCCCCCCCUGCAGUUGCAAUGGGGAAGAAGGUAUUAUGGUCAUCAUUGUGCAGCUUUCUCCCCAUGAAAACCCCACCCCCACCCCAGCUCUCCAACUGCUUCUUGGCAGGCUGGGUGGCUUUGAGCAAGUUGCUAUCUCUUGACUUGGCCUAGCUCUGUUGUAAGGAUAAACUAGGAUAGGCUCAGGUAUGCUGCCCUGUUACAAAUAUUCUAAAUAAAGAUGUACUUCUGUGCAGUGCUUUUUUCUGGGGGUACGCAGAGGUACGCAUACCCCUCAACAUUUUGUGAAUCUAAGUUUGGCCUCAUUGAGGGGCAGUAUUUCAAUAUGAGUGGGAAAAUGAGAGUACCCCUAAACAUGUUUUUAAAAGAAAAAAAGCACUGCUUCUGUGUACUUUAAUACUGUGUUCUCUGCUCUGCACUCAGGAGAAGAGUUCACAUUUACAUUGAAAGGCUCCCUUGAAGAUACUCAGAGCAUUUUACUGGGCGAUGAUUCUAGAUAUGCCCCACCAAACUCCACAGUGUUCCACUAUGUCAAGUACUGUAACCCACACCUGGAAGUGGAAUUCCCAAAGAAAUGCUGCAUUUGGGUAAGUAGUGGUCACCCAUUUCAAAUGCCAAGUUGAACACCAUCGAUAAAAUCUGCAGGCUGUGCUGGCCAGAAUACUUAGCACAAGUCAAGCAAAUUGCAUGCCCUUUGCUUGUUUCACAAUUUAGUUCUGCUUUUACAAUUUGGUUUUUCUAAGGAAUGUGGAAUUUUUUUACAAGGACUAGGGGCAUGGGGAAGUUAUGAAUGACAUUAGAAACCAGAAACUGAAAUUAGGAGAGAGGCAACAGAAGCUAUGGGAAAUAGAGAGGGAGGUGGGCACAAUAGGGAAUGCCCCACCAAACAUGGAAGCUGUACCCUAUCCUGUAAUGCCCAGCUCUGUAUCUGGCAAAAAUGUCACCUCCAGGUUACGUAUUUGUAAUUAGUUUUAUGCAGUCAUAAUGAGGCCAUAGUAGUUGGUUUAAAACAAACAAAGAAAUGCAAAAGCUGGCCUUUUAAGAAUAGGAUGUUCCAUUGUACUGUACUUAAGAGAUUCCCUGUGCAGGUGUCACACAUUCAGAUGUUUGGAAUGCAGCGAGCUAGGUUUAAAGGAGCUAGAAUCAGGUGCUCCCAUAUCAAAUGCUUAUCAGUCAAUGCAAAAUUUAAUGAUCAGUUACACUUGAUCAUAGAGAUGGAAGAGAAAUUCAGUUCAGUUUGCAUUUAAGGAAUCUACUUACCGGUAAUUUGUGGUUUCUGAAAUAGUACACAAACCAAAACACAGUCAUCCUGCAAAAUGUGUGCUUCUCUGAAUUUUGCAAUGCAGUUUUCCAGUCAAGUAAUGCGUACCAAGAAUGCAUCUGCUAGGGUAAGAUGUGCAUACAAAUGCAUAUAUUCGUGAAAACAAUAUAGAAAAAGGCAUUAUAUUAGGGAAAAUGGCUUUGCAAAAAUGUGUAUAUUAGGCAAAAAUGCACUAACAUGCUAUUUUAAAAAUGCAAACUGGUGAACUAUUGAGAACUGAACUAAAUAUGGGAAUAGUGAGAAACAAAGAGAAAAUGAUAUUGACAAAUUCAUCCAUCCCUAGUCAUGACCCACUAAAACGAAUAGAAGUUUGUUGUCCUACUGCUUUUGAUGGGACUUAGUUAUGAAUAUUUAGUAAAAUCUUAAAUACAUCUGGGCCCUAUUAUCUCUAAUAAAAACAAAUGAUAACCCCCCAGGAAACUGGCAAUGAUUCAUUCUGGCACCUCACCACAUUGCUGGUGGUGCUUGUAUUUUUAUCCUGAGAACUACAAAGGGUGGUAUACAAAAUGAAUGAGUGAAUGAAUGAAAUCUCCACAUGUGGUGGGAAUGUACAAAAAUCCAGCCUUUCUGGAAUUUGAUAUUUAAAGAAAUUAAUAAAACAAUUGGAAGUCAAACCAGAAUGAGCUUUAUUAAAUAUAUUUCAAGGCAGCAAUCUGGAUUUACAUAAUAAAGAAUUAGUAAGCCAUUUAUUUAUUUAUUAGUAAGCAACAUAACCAGACACUGGAAAGACCUUUCUGGCACAACAUUAGACAAUUGGUACAAAACAGUUUGGAAAAUAUCCCUCCUUGAGAGAUUAAUGAAUAAACUACAGUUGACAAGUUUCCCAUUUGUUUUUGUUUAAACAAAUUCAUGAACUUAGAGCUUAUACAUUGAGCACUAAUAAUGAACCAUAUGCUGUAGAUAUUGCUGCAAAUUUAAUAUGCUAUUUUUGUGAUACACAAAUGACAUGCAAAAACUUGGUCUAUUUAUAUGUGUCAUUCAUUAUUCCUAUGAUUCUUGUUUAUGAAAUCCAAUAAAAAGGUAUUCCAAUAAGAAUAGGAAAAAAUGAUGCAAAUGGGGGAAUUCUGCACAGAAUUAUGUAAUUUAAUUUGUGCUGUUUACACAAUAUAUCCAUUACUAGUAAUUCUGCUCUCUAGUCAUUGCAGUAGGAGACAGGCAACUUUUAGGUAAGCAAUAUGCCUUUUGGUUUUAAAAACAUAUUGUGUUGUGACCAUUUGUUUUUCCUCCUUCAGUGUUCAGAUAAAGGACACACGAACUCCCUAACUUUGCCCUUGAAUCAGCUUCGCAUAGGAGAGAGAGUGGAAAUAUCAAAUGUGAGUCCUGAUUGCAAACAAUUUUAUUUUGUUUUCUAUGUGGGUUGUAGUCCAGAACAUCUGGAGAGCACCUGGUCAGGAAGGUUGAAGAAAUGUGCAUGCACACGAAAGCCCAUACCAAUAACAAACUUAGUUGGUCUCUGAGGUGCUACUGGAGGGAAUUUUUUUAUUUUGUUCUGACUACGGCAGACCAACACAGCUACCUAUCUGUAAAUGGAGAAAAUGUGGUUUAGUAAUUUGCUUGUCUGGAUUGUAGCUGACCGUUGAUUCUUCUAGUGGUGAGAUCUGUAUGUGUUCAAACCUUUUGUAUGCAUAGGACUCCCCAUUAUUUUUAAUAGAGAGAGUUGAUCCAUUGGUCUGAAAUAAUUUGCAUGCAGAUUUGGCCUUCUGUUGAAAUGAAUGAAGCAGCCAUUUUGCGUGCAGGGAGCAAGUAGUUCUGAGAUAGGGGCAAAAAUGCAGUGUACAAAGGUGCAGCAUAUACACAGAGAUGGACAUUGUGGGUGUUACAGGUUUGAAAUCUGAAACAUGUCAGAGAAUGGAUAAGCACUGAACCUGCAUCUGCAGACUUAUUCUUCAUAACCUGAAGUUAACUCCCUGAAUGGUCUGUUGCAUGAAUGUUGUAAGUUACUGGUUUAUGCAUUUUGUAAAGUGUACUUCCCUUGUGUAAACUGAACUGAUGGAGUCCGAGAGCAAUGAAUUGCAAGACAUCACGUUAGGAUGGUACAACUUAUUAUUUAUUAUGAUCAUCAGGUUGGACUAAUAAAGGAGGAGAACAAACAAAAUUCUUUUGAAGAUUAUGGAAAUCAUAACUUUUUUAUUUUUAUUAUAGGACAAAGCAUAUAAUGUAUUUGUGACAGCAGAAAACUGGUAAGCAUUUUUCUCCUUGCAGUGACUUUGCAGUUCAAUCUUUGCUUUCUUUGCUUUGUUUCCUGUUUUUAAUAAUAAUAAUAAUAAUAAUAAUAAUAAUAAUAAUUUAUUUGUAGCCUGCCCAUCUGGCUGGGUUUCCCCAGCUACUAUGGGUGGCUUCCAACAAAGAUUAAAAAUACAUUAAAUUGUCACACAUUAAAAACUUCCCUAAACAGGGCUGCCUUCAGAUGUCUUCUAAAUGUCAGGUAGUUGUUUAUCUCUUUGACAUUUGAUGGGAGGGUGUUCCACAGGGUGGGUGCCACUACCGAGAAGGCCCUCUGCCUGGUUCCCUGCAGCUUUGCUUCUCGGAGUGAGGGAACUGCCAGAAGGCCCUCAGCGCUGGAUCUCAGCAUCCGGGCAGAACGAUGGGGGUGGAGACGCUCCUUCAGGUAUACUGGGCUGAGGCCAUUUAGUGCUUUAAAGGUCAGCACCAACACUUUGAAUUGUGCUCGGAAACGUACUGGGAGCCAAAGUAGGUCUUUCAGUGUUAUAUGGUCUCGGGGGCUGCUCCCAGUCACCAGUCUGGCUGCCGCAUUCUGGAUUAGUUGUAGUUUCUGGGUCACCUUCAAAGGUAGCCCCACGUAGAGUGCAUUGUUGUAGUCCAAGCGGGAGAUCACACACACACACACACACACACACACACACACACACACAAAAUUUAAAAGACUUUGCAGCUUUCUGAAAUUGCUUUAAAAGUAACCUUCCCUUCUGAGCACCCUUCUCUACUUGCCUUUUAUAGGUAUGAAUGUAGUGCUAUAGUACUCUGUGUAGAAAUGGGGGAAGGCACGGGUUCAACUUCUGAUGUUUCAAGCUAGAGCAGUGACAAUUUUUCAAAAUUUAACACAAUUUCUUUUUGUCAUUUGGAUUUUGAACAGAUUUUUUAAAAUAAACAAAAAUGAAUUCAGAUUUGAAUCUAGGAUUUUUACUUCCACCUUCUGGAUUCUUUAAACUGGUUGGCAGCUCUUCAUUGUUUUCAACUUUGGCAGUUUCCAAAUAUGAAAUUUUAUAAACUCACCAAUCAAAUGUGAAAUAUUGUUCCAGGUUCUUUACCAACUGCUGUUAAAUGCUGCUUUCCUUUACAUGUCAGCUGUCAAAUAGUGCCCAAUACAAAUUGUUGACAGCAAACAUUGGAGUGCUGGAAUUUCUUCAAAUCAUAAUGCAUAUAUUAUGUGUAUUCAGCUGCUCAGGUUUAUGAUAUGAGUUUGUAUCAUUUAGCCAGAAUGACCUAGACAUGCGCUUGGGAUUUGAUGUAUGCCCAGAGGAGCAGGACUUCAUUUGUAAGCGCAAGAAAUACGUUGCUGCUGCUUUGAAAAAUGCUCUUAAUCUUCAAGAUGAUCUGCAGGAUGAUGAGGUAUAAUGUCCACCACAAUGUAAGAUGAGCAGAGAAAAUGGUGGCAAAGGGAUUCAUAUACCAUAUGUCCAUGCCACAUGUUCAUCCAUGCAUAAUAAUAAUAAUAAUAAUUUAUUUAUACCCCACCCAUCUGGCUGAGUUUCCCCAGCCACUCUGGGCGGCUUCCAACAAAGAUUAAAAGUACAUUAAAACUUCAGUCAUUAAAAACUUCCCUAAACAGGGCUGCCUUCAGAUGUCUUCUAAAUGUCAGAUAGUUUUUAUUUCCUUGACAUCUGAUGGGAGGGCAAUCCACAGGGCGGGCGCCACUACCGAGAAGGUCUAUUUCAUAUGGUCUAAUUCAUGCAUAAUAUCUUACACAUUCAUGUAUUCUAUUGUAACACAAAAUAACUGUUUGCCUUACACAUCUUUAAAGUUAAUCCCUAGUGGGAGGAGGAUGUGUGGAGAGUUGGGCCCUGAAGAGAGAGCUCUGGAAGUCUAAAGUUCCCCACACUGUGUGUAGGUAUCCUGAGGGGAGGUGUAUGGAGACAGAAAAAGAGCGAGAAGCCUAGAUUGUGUGAGCAGAAGUUGAUAAAUGAUUAAGAUUUGUUUGCCCUAGUGUGCAUCAUUAUACACUUGCCUAUCUUGAACUGUAUUCAACAUUGUCAGAAAUAAUCUUCUUUAGGUCCCAAGGAUCCUUAGAGUCCCAGGACUACCUGGGGGGACCUGUACCACUAGCUCUUGGAAAUCCCUUUUCACCACAGGACACAUUUUCUAUCUCAUAUCCCAUAAUGUAGAGCUUUCCUGCCUACCUACACCACGUGGUUUCCCCCCUGUAGUGUAUUGGUUCUCUUCACCAGCCUAUGGUAUUUUACAGUGUUUGCUUCCUAGUUUGGCAUAACUGUGAACAACCCAGAAUUGCUCUUAAUCAUUCUUCGCUCUGGCUGUGCUUGCAGCCAACCCACUUAUCCUUCUGCCUUCACUUUUUCUCUCUCUUCCUCCUUCUGUAAGAGUAUUGGCUUGUCCUUUUUACUCCUUCAGCUUCUGUUUACCUUCACUCAUUAAUUUCCUAGGACCCUCACUUCAACACUUCAGUGCCCUGCGUUUUGGGGAUGCUGUUAGCAUCUGUGUAAUGCUCCACAGCUGUUGCCAUCUCCCCCAAUUCCCCCCUGUGCUUUCAUGUGAGCAAGCUGGGAAACUUAGGAGGCAGCCCAAGCAGCAGCAGCAGUUCCUGCACCUUCCAUUUUGAUGCCCCCUCACUAAAGUCCAAAAUGAAGCAUGGUGCUCAGCAAAUGGAAAUGGGGAGGGCAUUCCAUAGCCAAGGUACCAGAACAAAAACCAAGAUCCACAUUUCUCCUCAUUUUGUGAUGCAGUUCUUCAACAAAAACUGUGUAUCUUUGGCAAAAUUGCAUAUAAAGAUGUGUACUAAAAUGCUGGCGAAUAUUGUGAGAACAUUUUAUUUAAAUAUAUAGAUAAAUGGAAAUGUAGUGAACUCAAUUUAAGACCGAGGAAAGUUAGAGAAACUGAAAUUGAUAGACUCUUCCAUCCCUGAUGAGGUUUUCGGAUAUGUGAUUAAGCUUUUUUGUUAAAAAAAAAAGUGUGUGUGAUUCUGCUCAGUCCUUCAAUCUUCCCACUUCUGCAAAUUUGUGAAUAACUGCUCUCAAAUUUAUUCAGGUUCCCAUUGUGGCUGUGAUGACAACAGCAGGUGGCGUAAGAUCCAUGAUUGCGAUGUACGGUAGCCUAUUAGCUCUCCAGAAGCUGAAUCUCUUAGACUGUAUUUCAUACACCGCUGGUUUAUCUGGCACAACAUGGUAAGGAGAACAUGGAGCAAAACUAUUAGGGAUGUAUCCAGACCUGCAGAAUUUCCUUACAACCUUCUGCUAUGGGGUAAUCACAUGAGGUGACGGCACAUUUUAUGUGUAUCCCUUCAGUUGUUGUUUAGCGUUCAACAUCCAUGGAAAACUUUGUACCACAUGAAAUAGAAGCAAGCCUUUCUGUACCUCCCCUGGAUAGCCCCUGCCACUCCUCCUUUGUUUAGCAUAACAGUCACUUUAUAAAACCAAACAAUAAAAAAAUUAUUUGUGCAAUUUUACCAAGGAUUUUUUUUUAAAAAAUCACAAAAUAAGCCUGGUGACUUCAUGGUCCUGAUUCAAUGGAACCAAGCCUUGUCAACACAACUACCUCCCCUUUUUCAGAUUUAUUAAUUAAUGGAAAAUAUACUCAGUGUGAUUAGAAAAACAGAAAUAAAAAACGGAGUCUGUAGUUCUAGGGAAAUGAAGUACUAUAUAUAUGCAUUUCAAACAUUGUCAGAUGCUGAGACUAAAGUGCAAUGCAACAGUUUCCUAGUCUUGUUAUGACCAUGGGCAACCCUUUUGAAAAGCUUCCGACUUAAGCAACAACAACUUACAUUGUUUAGGAACCUUUAGCAACUUUGAAAUCAGUUAAGAGUCAGAUUAUUAUUAUUAUUAUUAUUAUUAUUAUUAUUAUUUUAAAGAGAGGGUGGGUAACAUGACCUUCGUUGCUGUUUGCUUCAGAUUUGCAAAAUCCUUUGAACCAAACAGUAUUUCAGUGAAAAAUUGUUUUAUAUAUGAAAGUGAUGUGGAAACUUAUUAUGAAAAUUGGUGAGGAUAAUUUAACUGGUCCUUUGCUUCCCUGGAUUGUUGAUUGGGUGCAGAUGUGUGAUAAAAUGCUCCUAAGUGAUUGGCAGGAUGUUCCAGAUGAGUUGCUCAUUGAAUAGUCACAUCAACUAGGGAUAGACCAAGCAUCCCCAAAUUUGGCCCUCCAGGUGUUUUGGGACUACAACUCCCAUCAUCCCUAGGUAACAUGACCAGUGGUCAGGGAUGAUGGGAAUUGUAGUCCCAAAACAUCUGAAGGGUCGAGUUUGGGAUAGACAGUUUAGUCUAAUUCACUUUCAUAUGUAUUCAUUUUAAUUCUGUUCUGUUCCAUUCCUGUUUUAAUUUGCAUUCCUGCCCCCAUAAGAACUCUGAAUAACAUUCUAGCCCAGAAAAAAGACAUACAGACAGACAGUUGUGGGGUGGCCCUAGGCCUGCUUUUGACAUUUAUUUUCUUCUUUUUAAAACAGGUGACAGCAUGGCUUCCUCUGAGUGGAUUGAAAAUGGGGCUGCAAACACUCCUGAGAGCAAAUGUCUCUGGGACCAAUAUGGGUCCUUGAGAGAAAUGGGAUGUCCUUGUGUCCUAUUGCUCCAAGGGCAUUUACAGUCUCAUUUUCAAUGUGCACAGUGGCAGAUGCUGUGCUUUCCAACUGCUUGGAGUAGCUAUACCUUUUUCAAAAGUUGUGCCUUUUUUAAAAAGCACCUCCAGGCCAACUCAAACAAUUAGCUUUCUAAGGAAGGACACAUUCUGAUCUGCACAAUAGUCCAUGGGGUGCAGAUCAGGUGAGUUUGCCUUAGAACGUGGAUGCAAAAAAUUCCUUGAGCACCCCUAACACGAUUAGCUGCUGGUUGAUAAGUGGCCAUUUGUAUUUGCCCAAAGUCUGUGGCCAAUUUCAAUUUUAGCUUCCCCUUUUUUCUCCUUUUAAAAUUUAUUUUCCUUAGGACCAUGAUAAAUUUAUAUGAAGAUGCCAAUUGGUCGCAAAAAGAUUUGGAAGCGCAUAUCAGUGAUGCUCGGAAACAUGUCAUGAAAAACAAGCUUUCCUGUUUUUCUCGGAGGCACUUAACAUACUAUGAAAAGGAAAUCUGUCAGAGGCACCGAGAUGGAUAUAAGCUCUCUUUUAUAGAUCUCUGGGGGCUCAUUAUUGAAUCCAUGUUUAAUGAUGAGGUAUUGUAUUAAUACUUUUUGGAGGUGGGUGGGAAGCAUAAUGUGGGCUGGCAUAUGGGGAAAAUAUGAAACAAAUUAAGCACAGAAAGGGGAAAGGGUGUUUGCUAUCAUUUCUUUAAUUUACAUUGAUAGCACACCUGUUGUGAAGAGUUGGGAUGUAAACAAGAACACAAGCUUGCAUCUAAAUAUAUUAAAACAUUGGGCAGUAUCCAUUGAACCAUUUUCACCAUCACAAGGAGAUUUAGCUGGGCAAGAGAGCUUUUCUAUCCUCUCUCUGUAUGUCUCCUGUGUGCCCCAUACAUUUGAUCUGGAAGGUUAUGGGGGACCCAGAACAGAUUUAUGGGGUAUGCUUGGAGAGGAGAGGUCAGGAAAUCAUAGAAUUGUAAAGUUGUAGGGAACCCAAGAGUCAUCUAGUCCAGUCCCCUGCAAUGAAGGCAUCUCAGCUAAAGCAUCCAUAACAAGAUCUCCCAACACUCUAGAGUACUGUCCGAGGUGGUACUGGCAACUGCAGUGGGAAGGAGGAAUUGGCAGACGUUGCCUCUCAUAGGUAAGGAGCAAAGUCUGGGUCUGACCCAAGAUGAGGAUGCCAAGAUGUAUUAUGCCAGGUUCUUUGUGAAAUUUAUUUGGGUCAAUGUCUCUUCUGCUGACUGCUGCUUUUUCCCAAACAGCCCAAUCAUCACAAGCUCUCAGAUCAACGACAGGCUGUGAAUCUGGGUCAGAACCCACUUCCCAUCUACCUUGCUCUCAAUGUCAAAGAAAGAUACAGCACUCUAGAUUUUAAAGGUAGAGACAAAAUUAUUUGAGCUUGCUUCGAAGGCGGGGGUCCAGGUGAAGACUAUUGGUUGACAUUUCCCCACUAAUAGAUACUAAAUCUCCUGGCGAUGGUGCAGCACAGAUUGUGUGUUGUGUACAUUUUUAUACAGAAUUAUACCUUUGUUUCAAAAUCCUAAGAGAAUUCUUGGAUCUUGAGUAAAUAAUAAGUCCUGUCAGUCUUUGAUACCACAUUGAGUGCUCUUGAGUACUCAUUCUCCCUCAUUUUAGGCCUGCUCUAUACUUGAAACAAUGGGACGCGGGUGGUGCUGUGGGUUAAACCACAGAGCCUAGGACUUGCUGAUCAGAAGUUCGGCGGUUCGAAUCCCCGCGACGGGGUGAGCUCCCAUUGCUCGGUCCCUGCUCCUGCCAACCUAGCAGUUCGAAAGCACGUCAAAGUGCAAGUAGAUAAAUAGGUACUGCUCUGGCAGGAAUGUAAACGGCGUUUCCGUGUGCUUCUCUGGUUCACCAGAAGUGGCUUAGUCAUGCUGGCCACAUGACCCGGAAGCUGUACGCCAGCUCCCUCGGCCAGUAAAGCGAGAUGAGCGCCGCAACCCCAGAGUAGGCCACGACUGGACCUAAUGGUCAGGGGUCCCUUUACCUUUAUCUUUAUACUUGAAACAAUAAUCGCAUGGAAAGUGUUCCCAUACAUGUGGGGUAGCCCCGAGUAUUGGCUUCCUUUGUAAAUUACUCUUGUUGCACAGAGAGUUUCUACUUCACUGUCAGCUACAGAUGAAGGUGACCCAUUUAGGGAGGUGUAGUAACACAUUAUGGCUGCCAUGUGGAGCAGUUGCUGCAUGAAUGCUGUUAGAGAGAUAUAUUAAAAAAAUUGUCCAGUAGCACCUUAGAGACCAACUAAGUUUGUUUUGGGUAUGAGUUUUCGUGUGAAUGCACACUUCUUCGGAUACACUGAAACAGAAGUCACCAGACCCUUAUAUAUAGUGAGAGGGUGGGGAGGGGUAUUACUCAGAAGGGUGGUGGGAAUGGGUGAUUGGCUGAUAGGUGUAGAGUUUCUGUAAGUGGGAUGGGGAGUUGUGAUUUCCAAAUCCAUUGAAAUGGUUAAUUAUGAUUAUCAUAGAGAGGUAGAAUGCAGAUUUUAUUGCAAUGUUCCCUACAGUGUAAUUAUUACUUCAUUCAUUUAUUAGAUUUCUUAACUGUCUUUCACAAUAAUUAUACAGUACUUAACAAAUAUUUUUAUAUGGUUGUUUGCAGAGUGGGUGGAAUUUACUCCCUAUGAAGCAGGCUUCCUGAAAUAUGGAGCUUUCAUUAAUGUGGAACAUUUUGGAAGUGAGUUCUACAUGGGCCACUUGACAAAGAAGCUGCCGGAAUCUGAGCUCUGUUACAUGCAAGGUGACUUAUUAUUAUUAUUUAUGAAGUUUGUAUACCGCCCUUCAUCCGCAGAUCUCAGGGUGGUUCACAACAUAAAAGCACAAAAUACAAUAUGCAGUAUAAAAGCAUAAGAUAAAAACAAGAACAAAAAAACCCACAAAGAAAUAACCCCUCUCCCACAAAUACAUUUAAUAGAGGUAUAAAAUGUUAGUCAGCCAAAGGCCUGGUUAAAGAGGAACAUUUUCGCCUGGCACCUAAAGGUGUAUAAUGAAGGUGCCAGCUGAACCUCCCUGGGGAGAGCAUUCCACAGAUGGGGAGCCACUGCAGAGAAGGCCUGUUCUUGUGUUGCCACCUCCUGGACCUUUUGUGGAGGAGACACACGAAGAAGGGCCUCAGAUGCUGAACACAGAGUCAUAUGGAGAGAGGUGGUCUUUGAAGACCUGAACAGAGAUACCAACAAAAUCUAUAUUGUUUUAGUUGCCUGUAUUUUGAAAUUGACUCCUUACCACUCACACGGGGUUUUUUUUGUACUAUAUACUCAUCUUUCACACAUUACUGAUGGGAAUGAGAACCGCACUACAGGCUUUUUUCAGUUCUGGCACCUCUCAGAUGGGCACCAUUGCCAUUAUAAAAGAAUAAGGGAGGCAUUUGUGGUGAGUUCUGGCACCUUUUCCCCCUUGAAAAAUAGCACCGAUGACAGGAAAUAGUAAACACAGUAAUUAGUAAAAUAUUAGUGAACAUGAUAUCCAUUUCAAAACAAUAAAUGAAAGAAACAAAUGCAACACCCUCUUUACCAUCAUCUAGAAAUUACAUCAAAGCUCUGAGAUCAAAUGGUUUUUAUUUUACUUUUGCAUUUUCUAUGUUUCUCAGGCAUGUUGAGUAAUAUAUAUUCCCAGAGUUUGCUGGAUGCAUUGUACUUAGCUGACUGUUCAGAAGACUUCUGGCACAGGUGGACAAGAGACAGAGUGGUGGAUAUUGGUCAGUAGAACAUCAUUUCUUCUUUGGCUAAUGUACCUUGGGCUCUGUCAUGAGGCACGCAGCACUGUUGGGAUCAAGCUUGGGUUGGCUGGCUCUGAUGGAGGAGGAAGAAACAGGGAAAGAGCUGAAUUUGUGGAACAUGGGUUGGAGGGCGGGCGCGCGAAUCUCUCCUUUCCACUUCAGUCACUUUGGAAGGGAGAGCAGGAUGCUGGCUCUCCUUCUCUGACCUUCCUGCAGAGCAGAAAGCCUUAGUGGAGACUGGGGCAGACUUUGAUCAGUUAUGGCAGGAGCCUGAAUAGGAGGCUGCAGUCUUGUUGCCUAUAACCGGGCGCCACCUUCACAGAUGGGAACAGAUACAACCACCCCACAAGGCUAGAGAGUCUCAAAUGACCACUCCAUACCUCCUUUUAAAAGCUUGGAGGGGGUGGGAAAGUUCAUUGGGACACCUGUUUCUGAACACCGGAAUUGUGACUCUUGAGCACUGUGUCUACUGCUGAGCCUGUGCUUUUACCUGCUUAAAUAAAGAUAUCUUUCUUCCAAGUAAGACAUUCUGGGAUGAUCCACAUUGUACAUUUAAGGUGCAUGCAAUGCACAUUUAAAGUGCACAGCUUCCUCCCAAGGAAUCUUGGGGACUGUGAUAGGAGGCAACUCCUAGGCGCCAAGGUCCCUUCGCCCUCCCCAAUAAAAUAUUUGAGGGGACCGAGCCCCCACAAAGUUAAUGACCAUUGCCCUUCAAAUUGUACAGGUGAGCCCUGUCAUGUGAUCGAUUAUGCAGGGUGGGGCUUACCUGCCCCUUGCAAUAUUUUAUUCAUGUUGGCACCCCUGGAAACAGUAGUUUGUUAAGGGUACUGGGAAUUGUUGGUCUGUGAGGAGAAAACUACAUUUCCUGUGGUCUUUAGCAAACAGUUGGAUAUUAGAAUCAUAGAAUCAUAGAAUCAUAGAGUUGGAAGAGACCACAAGGGCCAUCGAGUCCAACCCCCUGCCAAGCAGGAAACACCAUCAGAGCACUCCUGACAUAUGGUUGUCAAGCCUCUGCUUAAAGACCUCCAAAGAAGGAGACUCCACCACACUCCUUGGCAGCAAAUUCCACUGUCGAACAGCUCUUACUGUCAGGAAGUUCUUCCUAAUGUUUAGGUGGAAUCUUCUUUCUUGUAGUUUGGAUCCAUUGCUCCGUGUCCGCUUCUCUGGGGCAGCAGAAAACAACCUUUCUCCCUUCUCUAUGUGACAUCCUUUUAUAUAUUUGAACAUGGCUAUCAUAUCACCCCUUAACCUCCUCUUCUCCAGGCUAAACAUGCCCAGCUCCCUUAGCCGUUCCUCAUAAGGCAUCGUUUCCAGGCCUUUGUCCAUUUUGGUUGCCCUCCUCUGGACACGUUCCAGUUUGUCAGUGUCCUUCUUGAACUGUGGUGCCCAGAACUGGACACAGUACUCCAGGUGAGGUCUGACCAGAGGAGAAUACAGUGGCACUAUUACUUCCCUUGAUCUAGAUGCUAUACUCCUAUUGAUGCAGCCCAGAAUUGCAUUGGCUUUUUUAGCUGCCGUGUCACACUGUUGGCUCAUGUCAAGUUUGUGGUCAACCAAGACUCCUAGAUCCUUUUCACAUGUACUGCUCUCAAGCCAGGUGUCACCCAUCUUGUAUUUGUGCCUCUCAUUUUUUUGCCCAAGUGCAAUACUUUACAUUUCUCCUGUUAAAAUUCAUCUUGUUUGUUUUGGCCCAGUUCUCUAAUCUGUCAAGGUCGUUUUGAAGUGUGAUCCUGUCCUCUGGGGUGUUAGCCACCCCUCCCAGUUUGGUGUCAUCUGCAAAUUUGAUCAGGAUGCCCUUGAGUCCAUCAUCCAAGUCGUUGAUAAAGAUGUUGAAUAAGACCGGGCCCAAGACAGAACCCUGGGGCACCCCACUAGUCACUCUUCUCCAGGAUGAAGAGGAACCAUUGAUGAGCACCCUUUGGGUUCAGUCAGUCAGCCAGUUACAAAUCCACUGAGUGGUAGCAUAGUCAAGACCGCAUUUUACCAGCUUCUUUACAAGAAUAUCAUGAGGCACCUUGUCAAAUGCCUUGCUGAAAUCAAGGUAGGCUACAUCCACUGCGUUCCCUUCAUCUACCAGGCUUGUAAUUCUGUCAAAAACGAGAUCAGGUUAGUCUGACAUGACUUAUUUUUCAGAAAUCCAUGCUGACUAUUGGUGAUCACAGCAUUCCUUUCUAGGUGCUCACAGACUGUUUGCUUAAUGAUCUGCUCCAGAAUCUUCCCUGGUAUUGAUGUCAGACUGACUGGGCGGUAAUUAUUUGGGUCCUCUCUUUUCCCUUUUUGAAAAUAGGGACAACAUUUGCCCUCCUCCAGUCUGCCGGGACUUCGCCUGUUCUCCAGGAAUUCUCAAAGAUGACUGCCAGUGGUUCUGAGAUCACAUCUGCCAGUUCUUUUAAUACUCUUGGAUGCAGUUCAUCUGGCCCUGGAGACUUGAAUACAUCUAAACUAGCCAAGUAUUCUUGUACUAUCUCCUUCAGUUAUUCUGGGCUGUGUUUCCUUUGCUGAAUCAUUUGCUCCAAAUUCUUCAGGUCGGGCAUUGUUUUCUUUAUCGGAGAAGACUGAGGCAAAGAAGGCAUUGAGGAGUUCAGGCCUUUCUGUGUCCCCUGUUUGCAUUUCACCAUCUUCUCCUCUGAGUGACCCCACUGUUUCUUUGUUCUUCCUUUUGCUAUGAACAUACCCAUAAAAGCCUUUUUUGUUGCUUUUAACCUCUCUAGCAAGCCUGAGUUCAUUCUGUGCUUUAGCUUUUCUGACUUUGUGUCUACACGUGCUGGCUAUUUGUUUGAAUUCCUCUUUGGUGGUUUCCCCCCUUUUCCAUUUUUUGUACACAUCCUUUUUUAAUCUUAACUCAGUUAAAAGUUCUUUAGAUAGCCACCCUGGCUUCUUUAGGCACCUUAGAUUUGCUAUUAGUAAAGGUAAAGGUACCCCUGCCCAUACGGGCCAGUCGUGACCGACUCUGGGGUUGCAUGCUCAUCUCGCUUAAGAGGCCGGGAGCCAGCGCUGUCCGAAGACACUUCUGGGUCACGUGGCCAGCGUGACGAAGCUGCUCUGGCGAGCCAGCACCAGCGCAGCACAUGGAAACGCCGUUUACCUUCCUGCUAUAAAGCGAUACCUAUUUAUCUACUUGCACUUAGGGGUGCUUUCGAACUGCUAGGUGGGCAGGAGCUGGGACCGAACUACGGGAGCUCACCCCACCAUGGGGAUUCGAACCGCCGACCAUACGAUCGGCAAGUCCUAGGCACUGAGGUUUUACCCACAGUGCCACCCGCGUCCCUUUAGAUUUGCUAUAAUUUAUAGUUAAAUGCCAUGAUUUAUAGUUAAAUGCCCAAUGCUAGUAAAUUAUUUCGGCCAAUUUUGGAUCAUUAAAGCAGAGGAUAAUUUAGGGGAAUGGGACUGUAAGAGUUUGCUUAAAAAUGGAUUGAAGAGUAAACAGGCCACAAUAUAGCCCUAUCUGAUUUUAAACACUCACAGCAAAAAGAUGCCCUUUAAAACCUUAAGUAUUGUUACUGUUAAUAGUAGCAGCAGUUAAAAGGUAAAAAGGUAAAGGACCCCUGGAUGGUUAAGUCCGGUCAAAGGCAACUAUGGGGUUGCAGCGCUCAUCUUGCUUGCUUUCAGGCCGAGGGAGUGCACAGAAACACCAUUUACCUUCCUGACGCAAUGGUACCUAUUUAUCUACUUGCACUGGUGUGCUUUUGAACUGCUAGGUUGGCAGAAGCUGGGACAGAGCAAUGGGGGCUCACCCCAUUGUGGGCAUUCAAACCGCCAACCUUCUGAUUAGCAAUCCCAAGAGGCUCAGUGGUUUAGACCACAGUGCCAACUGCUCCCCCUAGUAGCAGCAGUAGCUGUAUUGGUACUAUCAAGGUGCAUUCUGAGCAAGGGAUCUAAACAAAAUUGUCAUGUGUUCCACAGAAGAUGGUACUCUGCCCAGCAUGCCUCGCCGGCCAGAUGUACAGCCAACACGCCUCUUCACCCCCAGCGGAAGCCUCACCGAUGUGCUUAGAGAUGUUGUAACAAUGCGGCCAAUUGUUGCAGAAUAUGGCAAUUUCAUGAGGGGCCUCCAAGUCAACGAUAAAUACUUGGAGAAUGACAGGUUUUCAAUGUGGAAAGGUAAUUCCCUUGAACUCAUUUACUCAGAUCUCUUCUCCCCCCUCUCUUUUCUUUUGUUUUGGAUAUGUCUUAUGAUCCUCUCCCCACAGAAGCCUGUGCACAGCAUACACCUGGAUGUCACAUAUUUCUCAACUGAGGAGAAACAGCUAAUCCUCUGCCCCCUCGGUCAACAGUUGCCAGCUGCCAAGUUAGCCUUCACUUCUUUUUCCAUCCACAUUUCAGUUAAUCAGCCUCUGCCCAGUAGUGGUGGCAGGGCAGAAAUAGCCUCAAAAUGGUGCUGGGCAUAUGCCUUGGUGCACAAAAGUUCCCUGAUCAAGGACCACAUCCUCUUCACAGAAUCAUAGAAUUGUAGAGUUGGAAGGGAUCCUGAGGGCAUCCAACUCCCGCAAUGCAGGAAUCUCAACUAAAGCACUCAUGACAGAUGGCCAUAUAACAUCUGCUUAAAAAUGAAGGAGACUCUACAACCUCCCAAGGGAGUGCAUUCCACUGUUGAACAGCUCAUACUGUCAGAAAGUUCUUUCUGAUGUUUAUUUGGAAUCUCCUUUCUUGUAACUUGAAGCCAUUGGUUUGGGUCCUAGUGCUAUGGUUACCAGAAUUUUUUCAAUGAAUCCGGGGACACUCCCCCCCCCUUUUAAAGCUGAGUAGCAACAGGAAGUCCGUAGUGGGGAUAGUGAGGCAAAAGACCCUGGGCCCAAGCACACACGCAUAUUGUAUAAAGGUGCAAAGCCCUUCUUUUGCACCCUGUGAAACAUAAAUGAGCAGAGUUUUUUUUAAAAAAAACUGGGCAAUGGCGCGCCGCCUGCCCCUGACUCCCGAGCCUUCCCUGAUCUCGUUCCCCCUUUGUUUUGACAGAUCAGGGGAGGCUCAGGAGUCAUGGGCAGGUGGUCAUUGCCCAGGAGGGGCCAGCCUGGUAGUGCAGUUGGCUCUGGCUGGCUUCACGAGAUGCUUGCUGCCGUGGCGCAGGAAAAAUGGCGGACGCCAUGGCAAUGAGCAGCACUAACAGCCUGGCUCUGGGCUGCUGAGGCUGCUGCUGCUACGUUUCCCAGGGACAGGUUUGCAAAUCUGGGGACAUUCUGGGGACAGAAUUUGUCCGGGGACAGAUUUGCAAAUCUGGGGACUCUGGAGUAGGUGAAAACAAGCUUGCUUCAUCUUCAGCGCUCUCCUUGCAUCGUUUAUUCUGUUAUCACCAGUUUGGGCCCUGCUUUCCUUUUGAGUGAAGGCAGAGGCAAAGUAGGUGUUGACCAGUUCUGUCUUCUCUCUGCCACCUAACAGCAUUUCUCUGUCUUCUCCACGCAGAAGACCUAAUACUUGCUUGUGUCAAGGUAUUAAGUUUUAGGAAGGCAGAAGCUGCCAGUAAAUGCUGGAAUAUGCUAGAACAUUCUAGUGGGGCUGUAAUUUUCCAAAUUGCACAAAGCAAACACAGCUGUUGUUUUGUGUCUUAUAUUAGUGUCUUAUCUUUGUGUCAAGGCCACUGGGAAGGGUAUAUCUGCUGCCCAGUGAGCAGUUUCUCAUUCUUCUACUGACUUCUAUUCCUUACUUUCUUUUUAUAUUCAUGCAGUGUUAUUUUUUAUGCUGUAACUGGAUUUUUCUCUAAAGUGAGCUAAGUUGAGCCUUGCUAGUGACCUAGCAAAGAAUUGUAAGAUUUAUGCCUAUUGGCUACUCUUGUAUAUGAUUCCUUUGUGAUUUCCCCUUUCUUCCAUUUUUUAAUAAAUGCCCUUCUUAAAUCUCAGUUCUCCUUAUGCAGCCACACUGAUUUUUUUAGAUGCCUCCCAAUUUUCUUUCUUAUUGGAAUUGUCUGCAUUUGUGCCUUCAGUGGUUCACUUUUAGGAACUCCCACCUUGGACUCCCUUCUGUUUGAGUAUUUCUAAUCAUGGGAUCUCACCCAGUAGUUCCUUAACCUUUUUGAAAUCAGCCUUCUUAAAGUGCACAUCCGACUACACUCAGCUUUCCAUUGCCUCUUAAAAUGAAGCUCAAUAGGACAUGAUCCCUUCCUCACAGAUUUCCCAGUACUUCCACUUUGUUGAGCAGUUCCUUCCUGUUGGUGAAAACCAGGUAAAAGAUAGAUGAUUCCUUUGUUGCUUCUUCCACUUUCUGGGAAAUGAAAUUCUCAUAAUUACAGGGAGAGUAUUUGUUGAAAACAGAUACAACAGAAGUGAGAUUAGACUGGGAAUGCUAAAACAGGGCAUGUUUGGAACCUGUGCAGCCAGUCAUUCUUCAUUUCUUCCUUGACUGUUCUCCCUUCUUGUUCCUUGUACACCCAGAAUACAUUAUGCAGAUACAUUACAUUACAUUAACAAUUAUUCUGAGGUUCAGGCUUUCCAGAAACACUUCAUGCUUGUCUGUUUCCAAGAACUGGAGUAGCAAAAGAAGAAAUGUAAGGGAGGUUUGUAGGAAUGGCAUUACAACUACGUUGUUUUAGUCAUAGUGACCUGGGGUCCUUUUUGAAGAAGAAGAAGAAGAGUUUGGAUUUGAUAUCCCGCCUUUCACUCCCUUUAAGGAGUCUCAAAGCGGCUAACAUUCUCCUUUCCCUUCCUUCCCCACAACAAACACUCUGUGAGGUGAGUGGGGCUGAGAGACUUCAGAGAAGUGUGACUGGCCCAAGGUCACCCAGCAGCUGCAAGUGGAGGAGCGGAGACGCGAACCCGGUUCCCCAGAUUAUGAGACUACCGCUCUUAACCACUACACCACACUGGUUAUUUAAAAGAUGAACCUAGGGAGUGGUGUAGUGGUUAGAAAGUUAGACUAGGACCUGGGAGACCAGGGUUCAAAUCCCCGUUCAUACAUGAAGGGUGGCCUUGGGCCGGACACUCACUCUCAGCCUAACCUCUUGUUGUGGGAAUUAACUGGGGAGGCAGUGAACUAUGUACCCGACCUUGAGUUCCUUGGAGGAAAGGUGGGAUAUAAAUGCAAUGAUUCUUUAAAAAUAAAUUAUUAAGCAUUUCAAAACAAAUAUUUUGUAAAUGUAUUAACAGAAAAACAAUCAUAAGGCAUGGGGGAAAGAAUUGCUGUUGAUAACAUUGCUAUACUAAUAAGCACAAUUUAAAAUGUUUAUCUCUCCCUCUCCACUAACCCUACAGCAGGAUGCAUUCUGGUUUCUCUGAAUUUAAUCUGCUAGGAUUUAGUAUGAACUAUACAAUGGUACCUCGGGUUACAGACGCUUCAGGUUACAGACUCCGCUAACUCAGAAAUAGUACCUUGGGUUAAGAACUUUGCUUCAGGAUGAGAACAGAAAUUGUGCCACCGUAGCGCGGUGGCAGCGGGAGGCCCCAUUAGCUAAAGUGGUACCUCAGGUUAAGAUCAAUUUCAGGUUAAGAAUGGACCUCCAGAACGAAUUAAGUUAUUAACCCGAGGUACCACUGUAAAGACAAACUAAGUUAAAUAAUUUGGGGUCUCAGGCACAUAGCUUCUUUCUUGAUAGGUCUAUCAUUGCUUUGUUGGAUCAACUGAAAUUUCAAAAGUUGAAGGAAAAAAUGAAAGUAUAAAAGGUACCUGUUAUCAAAAGAGGCGUCUAUGUAGAGAAUAUAAACUAUGAAUAAGUAAAUUAAGGCUGCACUGUAGUAUCAUUAGCCUGUUAAUGAUAUAUAAUUAAUUGAGUCCUCCUGGUCUUUAAUAGCAUAUAUGAGUUUUCUUUGCAACAUUGCAUAUAAAGCUAAAGAAUUUGCCUUUCAGAUACUGUACUAGAUAAUUUCCCCAACAAGUUGAAUGAAACACCAGAAUAUUUGGAACUGACGGACACAGCUUUUUUCAUCAAUACCAGCUGCCCACCGCUUCUGAGGCCAGAGAGGAAAGUGGACCUUAUUUUGCAUUUAAAUUAUAGUGGAGGAUCACAGGCAUUGGUGAGAAGAUUCUUUUUAUUAUCUUUAGCAACUUGACCAUAACCAUUCGUCUUUUCAUUAAUUUUUUACUUCAAAUAUUAACAGAAGACUGGAAGAGCUUGAAAAAGAACUUUUUGCUAUGCCAUAUAGUUAUUUGGUGUAGCUUCACAUUUGAUAUAAAAAUGGAUUAUUUUCUUCUUCUUCCAAGGACGACUGAGUCAUAUGGAGUAAUACUGGGGGGCAGGCAGGUGGUCCCCAUUUCUCCCUACCACCAAAGAUCUAGCUUCAGCUUUUUACACAGUCUUCUUACAUGGGAAGUAAUGUGGAGAAAGAUGGCUUUGCUUUCUAAUCCUCAGUAUUUUCAUGGAAAGAGAGUGAGAACAAGCAAAAGAGAAACAGCCCCUGGGAGAGGACAGUGGACGUCCUAGACAGACCGGACCUUGGACAAUUAUUAUUGUGUCCUCCUCCUUCAUCACCAUUUUAUAGACUCAUAGUGCUAGAAAAUCUGAUCCACCUACCUAUGCCAAGACAAGAGUGCCCAUACCCCAAAUAUCCCUGAUAAGUGCCAUAUCAUCCUUCUAGUGCAACUACUAGCUUUUGAGAAAGGAAAGCUGUAACCAUAUCUCUUUGGGUUCUGAUGUUGUUCAUGUUUAAUGCUCUAGCCAUUGGAUCUAGCUACAAAAUACUAUGCGGAGCAGGGCAUUCCAUUUCCUAAGGUUGUGCUGACAGAUGAAGACAGGAAGCAUCUCAAGGAAUGCUACCUCUUCGACAAAGCAGAGAGUCCAAAGGCUCCCAUAUUGCUGUAUUUUCCCCUGGUUUGCGAUACCUUCCAAAAAUACAAAGCUCCUGGUGAGUAAAGAAGAGCAAUAGUCUUCCUGAAGACAACAUGACUUUCUUAUCUGCUUAUUUUCAUGACUGACACCUAUACACACACACACACACACACACACACAUAUAUAUAUAUAUAUAUAGACGCGGGUGGCGCUCUGGGUUAAAACAAAGAGCCUAGGGCUUGCUGAUCAGAAGGUCGGCGGUUUGAAUCCCCGCGACGGGGUGACCUCCCGUUGCUCGGUCCCUGCUCCUGCCAGCCUAGCAGUUCAAAAGCACAUCAAAGUGCAAGUAGAUAAAUAGGUACCACUCUGGCGGGAAGGUAAACGGUGUUUCCAUGCGCUGCUCAGGUUCGCCAUGCUGGCCACAUGACCUGGAAGCUGUACACUGGCUUCCUUGACCAAUAAAGUGAGAUGAGCGCCGCAACCCCAGAGUCGGUCACGACUGGACCUAAUGGUCAGGGGUCCCUUUACCUAUAUAUAUAUAUAUAUAUAUAUAUAUAUAUAUAUAUAUACACACACACACACACACACACACAGUGGUACCUUGGGUUAAGUACAAUGGCACUCUAUGCUGCCCAAGUGAAAAGCCACUGUUCAGUUUGAAAAGUGUGUUGUCACUUUGGCAGUAGCAAGUGCUGCAGUGGAAACAAAAGAGCAGCUCUGGGUGUGUGAGGUGCUGUCCUCCAUCUGCAUGGUGGCUGUUUGGGUCAUGGACCCUGGGUUCUAUGUAGCAUCCUCACUUCAGUCUGUCUUCUUUUGUUCCACUGGCUCAUCAUCUUUUAUCCCCAACACAGUCUACUUUAUCAAAUCUUCCUUCUAGCUUCUAGCCUUCAACUUCUAGUCUUCAACCCAUUCCCUCAGCACUUGUUGCACUGCUGCAUUAAAAACCGAGAUGAAUGUGGCAGAUGGAGAUCUUCUCCCCUUCAUUAUAAAUACAUACAAAUAUAGACCAUAAACACAAUCGCCCAACCAUCACAACCUCAAAUUGGUUUCAGUUACCUUCAGGAUUUUCCUCAUCUCAUCCAUUCUGACAGCGUGUUUUACCAAGACGAGGUUGUGUCAAAUAGCCUAGUAAUGGGCAGAGAUUUCUUGCCAGUUUCUCACCGGAAACUGAAGUGGUUGAGCAAUUAACAGGCAGGGAUGAAUAUGCUCAUACUCUCCUCUCUGACUCCUUGAAAAGAAUGUGAAGCUUGGCUGCUCUUGCGAGGCAUUACACACCCACACACCCACCUCUCAACUUAGUUCAAUGUUCUAAUGAAAUUAGAAGUUAUUGACCAGGGAAUGGGGGUGGGGGCUUGUGGCUCUCCAUAUAUUGUUGGACCCACCAGCCCCAGCCAACAUGGUCAGUGGUCAGAAUAGUGAGAGUUAUAGCUCAACAGCAUCUAGGGUGCCAGAGGUUCCCCAGCUCUGAUUUAUUUAGGGAUGCCAUUUUCUGAAAAUCCUGAUGUUGAGCUUAUCCACACACAUCCCACCCCCAGUUCCUGUCUUUCUCCUUGAUCUCAAUGCGAAGUAAGUUACUUAUUUUACUGAUUCUACUAAAAUGGCAAAAAAGAUAACUGCAUAUCAUAUGGAUUAUAGCACACAUUAUUUCCUUCCAUCUUGUUUCCAUAGGUGUAGAACGCAGUCCUAGUGAGAUGGAGGAAGGCCAAGUUGAUGUCAGCAGCACCGUAUUUACCCCAUUUGCUACUGGCGCGCUGCAGUAUUCAGAGGCUAAUUUCAACAAGCUAUUAAAUUUGACCAGCUACAAUAUCCUCAAUAAUCAACAUAUGAUUCUUCAGGCUCUGCGUACAGCAGUACAACGAAAGAAGCAGCAGAAGCAACAGUCUCUAUGACUCUCUUCUUAACCCUCUCCAAAUGUAUUUUCUGCAUUUUCUGCCACUUGCCAGUAUUACAGAAAUGGGAACUUGCUAAUUAUUAUUUGUGAUUUAUGUGCCGCAAGUGUACCAAGGUGCUCUGUUAUUUUGUUUGCAUACAAAUAUGGUAGGAAACAAAUUGGGAGAUAGUGACUGAGAGACAUCUACUCGCAAUUGGUCACCAAUGAGGGGCUGGAACAUGGUCGUCUUAGGCUCAGGUCCAGCACUACAGAGGCUUUGCUAAAAUAUAGACCUGAGUUAUAUUGCCUCAGCAACCGAAGCUUAGUGACAAAAGCCAUUGACAAAAUACGAAUAUCUAUAAUAGGCCUCUAAGUUUCAGAUCUUAGGUUUUGUUCAUAAAUGCAUGAUUGUCACUUGAUGAUGGCAAUAUGAAGCAGCCAUUACCGAUCAAACAAACCAGAAGAGAACUCCCCUCUCACUUCAUAUCAACCCAGAUACAAUACCUUGAAAUGGAGAAAGUUUACAUGUUCAGCGCGAGCUCAUUGACUGAGACCAAUAUGUUAUCAAGUGAUGUACAUACAAUGUGAAUUUGUUCUCAGUAUCUUCUAGAGAUAUGAUAUUGGUUUUCAUGAAGCAAUGGAGUGUUCAUAUGUGAAUCAGCCUUCCCUAUGUGAAAAUUCAGAUCGAGAAAUACUGUUAUGAGUUUGGGGGGUGCCAGACCUCUAAAUUUCUGGAUCCAGUUAAGUGCUAAAAGCUAAUCAGGCCAGGCUAGCUUCCUGUGUUCAGGUAAUUGCCUGGGCGAAGGGCCAUUAAAUGAGAACAAAGGAAAAGGUGACAGGCCAUUAAGAAGGAAAAAGAGAGGGGGCUCUGGGGCAGAUGGCGAAUAGAAAGUUAAAAAGACAAAAGUCAGAGUUUAAAGUGAAGUGUGUGUAAUGUCGCCUAGAGGUAAAGUUGCAGGCUAGAAAGGAAAAAAGG